CUUGAACGGGCAACGUUGUGUCAGCGGGCUCCCAAUUUCCGAUUUGAUCUUUCGAAAUGCGGCACCUAGAACGCGUCACCCUGUUGUUCUGCAUCCUGUGGCUAAGUGGGGAUCGCGGAGCCACCGCCUGCCACUGCAUUCGCCUGGGGAAGUGUGCCACUUUUGUCCGUCUCCUGUUGCACCAUGGUCCCGGGGAGCAGUCCGCCGUGUUCGCCAAGGUGCACGAUGCCAGCUGUGGCUUCCAAGACCUCGAGCCCCUUGUCUGCUGCCCCACAUAUCGCAAGCAACACCGCGAUGAGUCAUCCUUGGUCAAGGCAAGUCGAAAGAUGCGUUUUGCCCCACCGGAUGGUCGAUGGAUUUGGGAUGAUGCGGGUGAUAGCAAGGGCACUUCCUUGCAAAGACACUCCCAAAGCCACUCGGAUUUUCCGAUAGCGGAGACGGAUCUACACGACUACUGGAACUUCGAGAAGCAACGCAACUGUCCGCAGCCUGUGGAGCCAGAGUUCCUCGAUCGGCGAUUCGGUGGCGGGCAUCACUUUCACUAUCAAGUAGAGCACGGCGAUGAGACGACUUCCGCGCGACCCACUCCGAUGGAUAAGCCCAUUAUUUUUCCUGGAGACCUACGGUUCCUGCGGCAGGGAGAGGAGGAUCUGAGCUCCAAUAUAGAGGAAGGACCUCCUUUGGCACCGUUUACCACAACACCAGCUCCACCAAUUGCAAGAAAUCCGUUUUCUCUGUCUACAUCCACCACAACGGUACCGACCUUAAUCCAAGGGAACCCCCAAAGCUGUGGGAUAAGUGUGGAGAGUCGGCUGUUGGGAGGAGAAGUGGCUACUGCUGGACAGUACCCCUGGCUGGCCAGGAUCGCCUAUCGCAACCGAAGUAGCAGCCGCAUUAGCUUCCGCUGCUCUGGAUCCCUUAUCUCCAGUAACCACAUCGUAACUGCCGCCCAUUGUGUGGUCAACCUAGUCAGCGACUUGGAACUCUCCCAUGUUCGAUUGGGGAAUGAUGUUGGUUCGAACCCCUAUGCCAUCGAGAGGGUUAUGGUUCAUCCUAACUACGAUCAGCCACGGUACGCAAACGACAUUGCUCUUCUAAGAAUCAACAGCACGGAUGGCGCAUUCACACCCAUAUGCUUACCCUUGAACGGGUCGACUACUCUCGGGAACAGGCUGAUAGGACAAACGGGAGUUGCUGCCGGUUGGAGUACAGGAAAUCCGGAAAAUAAUGGCACGAGAAACUCUUCGAACUCCUCCACCGGUGUGCGCUUCAUCCGUUUGCCCAUAGUGAACACCACCAGCUGCGCUGUCGCUUAUGCCAGUCUCAGCGAGAACUUCCAGCAGCCCAUUGUCAUCACCCCGAACCACCUGUGCGCUCAGGGAAUGCCCAUGAACGACGUGUGCCGCGGCGAUAGUGGUGGUCCAUUUAUGGACGACGGAACCUCCGGUUUGUUGGGGACAAGUGGACGGUACACGCUCAUCGGCAUCGUGGCCUUUGGGCCCACGCUGUGCGGAGUGACCACCAUUCCGGGGGUCUACACCCUGGUCAGUAGCUUCUCCGAUUGGAUCCUGCGUAGUAUUAGCUGAGGAACGGACCAGUGAGCGGUCGUGUUGGGAGCCUAGCCCAAGCUAAGCUCAUCCAAAGCUUUCAAUGCCAAAGUCUUCAGAGUACAUCAAAGUAAAAUACAUGAAUCAUUCUUUUUAUGGAUCAAUGAAACAGUUCUGUCUCCUAUUCAAAUCACCGCAACGCUAAUAAAAUAUACAUUCAUAACACUCGUAUUCAGCGAAUUUGUAUUUAUACUGGCAUUAAUUGUUCUCAGGUAAUAGGA